UGGCGGAUUGUAAACACAAAUGCUGCAUAUUUUCUGUGAAAGAGAAAUGUGGAAAAUCCGACAAGAAUUUUAUUUCUAUUUCGUGAAAMACUCAAUAUGAAUUUUACUAUUGGUAAAGCAAUACUGUUAUUGGGUUCAAUAGGUCUAUCGCUGGCGAUUUUGAAUUUCAUUUUGGUUUCUAAUGUGGACAAGAAAAACGCUUCGAACAGCACCAUAUUUGAGAAAUUGUUUUCCGACACUCUGAUGCAAUUUAGUCAGUUGGACAUUGAUGAACAUGGAGCAUACAGAAUUCAAAAUAAUUUUCUAAAAGCUACAACACAGCCAAUGAGAGGAUUACAUGAUGUUGUCAUGGUAACCCACUGUACAUCAAAUCAUCUGCAUUAUUUAUUGAACAUGGUCGAGCACUGGCAAGGCCACAUAUCUGUGGGUGUAUUAGUUCCUGGUCUAGAUAUAAUCACAACUUACAAGGCAAUAAUAGGACUCCACCUAUGCAACAAUAACAUCAAAGAGCGUGUUACAUUUCAUUUGGUUUACCCGCUUUCCCAUCCCUCAUUUGUUGAUAACCUGAUGAGCCACGUCAAGCAAGCAAGCCGCACCCUACCAAGGUCCUGUGGCCAGUUUAUGAUUGGCAUUACAAGUGGAUCUACUGGUAAAACAAACUAUGCUGAUGUACAGAUUCCUUAUCCAAAUAACCUCCUGAGAAACGUUGCAAGACAUGCUACUAAAUCUGACUUCUUGUUCAUGGUGGACAUUGACAUGAUGUGCAAUUCUGAUCUGUAUAAUAACUUCUUAACAUUUGCAGAGGAAAACCAACUAUUCAAAAAAUCUAAAGAUAAAGUAGUUUAUGUGGUGCCCGCCUUUGAAAGUAAGGAUGAAGUUCCAGUUGGAACGAACAAGGAAGGUCUAAUUGGUCUUUGGGAUGCUGGCAAAGUUCAACCUUUUUAUUACAAAGCUUGCYGGAAAUGUCAACGUCCUACAAACUAUGAUGACUGGAAAAGACACAAAAGCAAAUCAGGAAAACUAGAARUUUCUUAUACAGUUAAGUGGGUYGAUCCAUGGGAGCCAUUUUACAUUGGACCAAGCGAUGUUCCAGUCUAUGAUGAAAGGUUUARACAGUAUGGAUUUAACAGAAUUAGCCAAGUUUGCGAGACACAYGUUGCAGGAUACAGUUUCUCAGUGCUGGACAGUGCAUUCCUAGUCCAUCAUGGCUUCAAAGUAAAGUUUCAUAAGGAAAAGGAUGAUGAAAAUGACUUCAAUAGAGACUUAUUUAGACAAUUUAAAAAAGACCUUAAAAGAAAAUAUUCUGGUUCAAAACGAAGAUGUUGAAACUGAUAUUAAAGUACUAAAGUAAUAUAUUAAUAAAGUAUGUUCAGUGUUAGACUGACUCAGACACACAAACUUAUGAACAAUGAAUCUGACAGUUUAAGUGAAAUGGUCAAACAGACAUUAGAAUCUAUGAUUUCAUUUAAGGUCAUUUAUCUAAUUAUCAAUUUUGCAUUGUUUUCAAGUAUAAUUAUUUUUCAAUAAUUUUCAGUUUGUUAAGAUUACUAAUAUAUUUUUGUAUUAAUAUUUGAUAGAAAACAAAGUGCAUGUAAACUUUUGCAAGCUCAUUUUACAAUUGUUGUAUGCACUCUAAUUUAAAGAACAAAGGGAGACAAUAUUAAUCUUAGCCURAUUCAAGACUCAUCAGUUUGCUUUUUGUUAGGCUCCCUGUGGCUGCCAAAGACUAUUAGUGAAAACUAUGACCUAUUAGUCUAUAUAGGAUAGCUUGCUCUUUGCUGAUCUUCCUGUGGGUGUCGAACACACAAAUAAGUAGAGAGAGCUUUGUCUUUUGGAAUUAGUCUAAAUAAUUAGAUAUUAUGUAUUUUUCAAUGCAGGACUUGAAGAUUGUAUUUGUGAUGAUAAAAUUGACGACCUGUCAAUCACAUGAAAGUAGUCAAAGCUACAACCUGCCGUAUAUAACGAGUUGUUUGCAAUGAAAUAAUGGGUUGGAAAAGCUGAAAUACAACACGAAAGCUUGAAAGUUGUGGCAUAAUGUUUAAUCUCACAAUAAUAUUUCACUGAAAAAAGUUCUUAUCUUAAGAAAAAGAUGUUCAGAAUCUGCAGGAAAAUCCUGCCUAAACAUAGUUUAUAUGUAUGCUUUUAAAUUCUAUAAYAAAAUGUGUUUUAUAAAAGAAAUGAUUAUUUGUAAAUUUACAUUUUAAAGAAGAUUUUUUCAAUAAAUCAUU